GGAGGAUCUUGGCCAGCCAACCCAGAGCUCUGGGGAGGUGGCGGGAUUUCUGGCGGCCGCGGUGUUUGUGUUUUGGGUGCUGCGUGACUGUGUUGGCUCUCAGCGGUAGUUCCCUUCCCUCCCUUUCCUAAAUUUAAUUUCAUUCUCCCCCACCCCCCCACCCCUCUUGGUGCAAGCUGUGUAAAAAAGGCAGCUAUGGGCCUGGGUAUAGCGGACUCCGGGCUUCAGAUUCCCAAGGUCCUUAUUUUGGGCGAAGGGAGAAAAACAGUCCUAGCCCGCGUUCCUGAUGUGCAAGAUCAGGGAAGGGAGAAGGGGCACUUUGUGGUUCUGGCUGGGGGACCCCGGACGGGAGGAGCGGGUGCGAAAGGGAGAUCUUUGUGAGUGAUUUUGCAAAAACAGAUUGCGAGGUUGGUUGGAUUUGCAACCUGUGGCUCUCCUCGAGGGAGUAGGAAUGGGGAAAAGCGGCGGCGGCGGCCCGGGGCGGGAGUGGGUUGGGAGUUGGAACCUAGGAAAUCGGCUGCCUGGGGGGCAGCGGGAGCUAGAGGCCACCCCUGCCGGAAGCAGUGAACGUUAAAUGUCUUGAGAACUGCGGGUUGUGUUUGCCUGUUAAUGCCGUGUUAUUGGAACCUUGGAGAUAAAUGGAACGAGCGUUGCAAAAAUGAGUUUUAAAACUCCCCCAUGAGAAACAACAGUACCAAACAACAUUCUUUUUUUUUUUUUUUUAAGAGUAAAAUAAAUAGACUCUGUGUUGUGCUCCCUCCAAUAGAGGUUUAGUUUCGGUGUUAGGGAUAGUGAGAAAUGACCCCAAACCCAGCGCUGGAAGUACAGAGCCAUUACAGGGUUCUUGACUGCUGUUAGAGACAAGCAUCGCACCCCUUCCCCUAAAAAAUUGCCUUUUUUUUUCCUCAGAUAUUGUAUAAUUCCCAUGAGGAAAAUAUUACAAUGCCAGUGGGUACGUUACUGUCCACCAAAAAGAAAAAGAAAAAGAAAGAUAGAAAAGGAAAAGGGGGAGGAGUGGAGGGGGCCAAGAGAGGGAUCCUCGGAAAAGACUGUUUAGAAAUACAGUUUGUGGCUCUGAGCUAUGCCACUGGCUUCCUCUGCAGUUCGCUGGUUUCCCUUUUCCUUUGCAAGGUGUGUGUGGUUUUAAUAAAUAACUUGAAAAUAGGGGAGGGGGCAGCCUGUCCUAUCUGGAGACAGGUAUCUGGGUUGCUCAAGAUUUACUACCGAGAGCCUUUGGCACUUUAGCAGGACCUCGUUAGCCUGCAGACCAAGCUGAGGUCCAUCUGGCCCUGAUCCACACUCUGUUCCUGGAGGUAGCAAGCAUGAGCUCAAAGGAGCUGAGGUGAAAUCAUAUUCUUCUUCAUAUACCGAUUUUAAUGAAAGAAGGAAAGAUAUUUGCCCCUGGGGGUGGGGGGGGAGAGGAAAUGGAGAGAGAACACCAGGAGAUGGACAUUUCUCUUGCUAAAAUGAUUGCAGUUGAGUCCUGGGGCCAAAAUAGAAACUUGUAGAUGGACAAGACAACCCCCCCCCCACCGCCAACCACCACCACAGUUUAUAAAUAGAAGUUUCCAGUAUCCUAUUUGGAAGAAUUUCUUUUCUAAUACUUUCAGGUGUUGGGAGAUUUUAAGGAUCGGUUGGUAGUGACGAUAAGGCUGGAUAUAGUGUUCACGACAACUAAGUGACCCGAGGGACGAGAUGGCCCAGGAAAGCGGGUAUUCAUUGAUUACUAUCCCUCUCCUCGUUUUUGAAGGGCUUACAGGAGUGUUUUCUUGAAAAGACUAAUUUAUUCUGGGCUGGGUGGUCAGGAAAGGCAUCCCAAAUUUCUAAGCUGCCGUUUACUGAGCCCCGAGGAGGCGUUCCAGUUAUGGGUUGAGUAAAUGCCAAUGACUAGAUGUCAAAAUCCUUCCUUCCCUCUGUCCCCUGCUGGGGAUAUCCCACUCCGUUGUGAAAAAAAAAAAAGAAAAACUUAAGUUUCAGGGGAGGCAGUGCGGCAGCGCCACCCCUUGGUGGGUGAAACUAUUGAUAAAAGUCACAUAUUUGAAAAAUAAUUGUGAAAUGACCGUAAUGAGGCAUGUGGGCCCCCAUCCCUCUGAUGGAACUUUUAACAUCAAUAUUUUGCAGUUAAGUUUGUCAGACGGGUUAGAAACACGUUGUUUUUCCAAGCCAGCAUGGUGUCCUAACAGAGUGGAGGUGGGGGGCAUAGGAGGCAGUUGGCUCUUGGCCGCGACUUCUCUGGGUUGACGGAGCUGUUUUCCCUUUCGGACUUGGCUUGAGCUGCCCGCAGUCGGUUGAGGAGGAAUGUUUUGCUGUGAGAUAAACCGUGGAACUGAAAGCGCUGUAGUUUCCCCGGGGGCUGUGUUGGCGUGUGUCGGGGUGCCGGGGAGAGAGGUUUGCGAACCGCAGGAGCGGCGCUAGGCUGGGCUGCAGCCCUGUGAGAGUCAAGCUUGGCGCGGGCCCGGUGUCCUACACUGCGCAACAAGUGGGACCGGAUGGCCGCGAUGCGCGAGCGAGCGAGCGAGCGCUCUGCACGCUGGCCCUGCUGGCCGGCUGUUUCCCAGUUCCACAUCAGUAGCCACCCCAAAGACCGUAUUCCGUUCGGUGCCGCGCCCCUGCUUUGCUCAGUGGGUGACGGUCCCCCGCAUUCCUUCUUGGGGAUGGAUCAUAGAGGUUAUUCCCGGCUCUCGCUACCCCCCCCUCCCCGUCUCUCUCUGUCUGUCUUCCUCUCCCCUUUUGCAAGAAUCUCUCUUAAUACUUUCAGGUUUCGUUCUUUCCGAAAGCAAGUGUAGUUAGUGUUGAGGGGGUUGGGGAUGUGUGUGUGUGUGUGUGUGUGUGCAAAUAACCAAAUAAUACACAAAAGCAGCUCCUGAAACCGUACGCUGUUAGCUAGAGGCGUGAGCAUGGGAAGAACGAGAUGACAUCGGCUCAAAUAAAUGUUUUCCGACUUGAGUUUUAGAAGCAAUCCCCCCCACCCUCAAGAGAGGAGAAGGGGUACCGAGUGUAGAAGGUUAUGGUAGCCGUGAUUCUUGAACGGGCUGAGUCCGCCACCUAGUGGUAGGUCACGGUCAAGGUUCCCGCUCGGAGCGGUGGUCUCUGCAUGCGGAUGCCAGGACUGACAUGGAAGGGCAUUCUCCAAUGAGGAUGCCAUCCGACACCCAAAGUUUUUACGAGACAGAUGAAAACUGUGUGCUCGCGCCAUCCACAUCCGCAGUCGCUCAGCCGUCACGUCCAUCUCAACAAAGAAACAGUACUUUCUUUGAGGACAUCUGUCUGCCGCCUCUCCACAGAGAAAGUUGGUGGCAGAAGGUUGGCACCCGGACUCUCAGGAGCUUUAAGGUUUAAACCUCUUCAUUGCGGUUGUGGAAUCAGGCCUUACAGGAAGUUUCUGGAUUCCAGAGAAUUCAUCAAGGGAGUUUAUCCCAGUUCAUCUAAGAGGAGAGGACGGCAGUUUGACCUUAGGUCACUGCAGUCCCCAGUCUGCAUUGGAAACGGUUCUCUCCCAGUCUUAGCUUAAGGCUUUUGACAACAGGCAUGGGGAGGUUACAGAAAUUCCGAGGGGCGGAGCAUCUCACGGCUGUGCUGCGUGCUUGUACAGAGAGCUGGGUGACCAGAGACUACUUCAUCUAGUUGGUUUUAAAGCAAAAUUUUGGACUGUGAAGCAAGGCAUUGGGCAAACACAACAUGGCCUCGCCGGCUGACAGCUGUAUCCAGUUCACCCGCCAUGCGAGUGACGUUCUCCUCAACCUCAAUCGUCUCCGGAGUCGGGACAUCUUGACUGACGUUGUCAUCGUGGUGAGCCGUGAGCAGUUCAGAGCCCAUAAGACAGUGCUCAUGGCCUGCAGCGGCCUAUUCUACAGCAUCUUCACUGACCAGCUGAAAUGCAAUCUCAGCGUAAUCAACCUGGAUCCUGAGAUCAACCCUGAAGGGUUCUGCAUCCUCUUGGACUUCAUGUACACAUCUAGGCUCAACCUUCGGGAAGGCAACAUCAUGGCUGUGAUGGCUACAGCCAUGUACCUACAGAUGGAGCAUGUUGUGGACACCUGCAGGAAAUUCAUCAAGGCCAGUGAGGCAGAAAUGGUCCCGGCACUUAAGCCACCACGUGAAGAGUUCCUGAACAGCCGGAUGUUGAUGCCCCAUGACAUCAUGGCCUAUCGAGGUCGUGAGGUUGUGGAGAACAAUCUGCCACUAAGGAAUACCCCUGGGUGUGAGAGCAGAGCUUUUGCCCCUGGCCUAUACAGUGGCCUGUCAACACCACCAGCCUCCUAUCCUAUGUACAGCCAUCUCCCGCUCAGCAGCUUCCUCUUCUCCGACGAGGAGCUCCGAGACGCCCCCCGCAUGCCUGUGGCCAACCCCUUCCCCAAAGAGCGGGUUCUCCCCUGCGACAGUGCCAGGCCAGUCCCCAGUGAGUACAGCAGGCCGGCCAUGGAGGUGUCCCCCGGCUUGUGCCACAGCAGCAUCUACUCGCCCAAGGAGGCGGUCCCAGAGGACGGACGGAGUGACAUGCACUACAGCGUGCCUGAGGGUCCCAAGCCUGCUGCCCCUUCUGCCCGGAGCGCCCCCUACUUCCCCUGCGACAAAGCCAGCAAAGAAGAAGAGAGACCCUCUUCCGAGGAUGAGAUCGCCCUGCAUUUCGAGCCCCCCAAUGCUCCCUUGAAUCGGAAGGGGCUGGUUAGUCCCCAGAGUCCCCAGAAAUCCGACUGCCAGCCCAACUCACCCACGGAGUCCUGCAGCAGCAAGAGCGCCUGCAUCCUUCAGGCUUCUGGCUCCCCUCCAGCCAAGAGCCCCACUGACCCGAAAGCCUGCAACUGGAAAAAGUAUAAGUUCAUCGUGCUGAACAGCCUCAAUCAGAAUGCCAAACCAGAGGGCUCUGAGCAGGCCGAGCUGGGGCGCCUCUCCCCUCGGGCCUACCCUGCCCCGCCUGCCUGCCAGCCGCCUAUGGAGCCUGCGAACCUUGAUCUUCAGUCUCCAACCAAGCUCAGUGCCAGUGGAGAGGACUCUACCAUCCCCCAAGCCAGCCGGCUCAAUAACAUCGUUAACAGGUCCCUGACAGGCUCCCCGCGAAGCAGCAGCGAGGGCCACUCACCACUCUACAUGCAUCCCCCAAAGUGCACGUCCUGUGGCUCUCAGUCCCCGCAGCAUACAGAGAUGUGCCUCCACACCGCUGGCCCCACGUUCCCCGAGGAGAUGGGAGAAACUCAGUCAGAGUACUCAGAUUCAAGCUGUGAGAAUGGGGCCUUCUUCUGCAACGAAUGUGACUGCCGUUUCUCCGAGGAGGCCUCGCUCAAGAGGCACACGCUGCAGACGCACAGUGACAAACCAUAUAAGUGUGACCGCUGCCAGGCCUCCUUCCGCUACAAAGGCAACCUCGCCAGCCACAAGACCGUCCACACGGGCGAGAAACCGUACCGCUGUAACAUUUGCGGAGCGCAGUUCAAUCGGCCGGCCAACCUGAAGACCCACACUCGAAUCCACUCUGGAGAAAAGCCCUACAAAUGCGAAACCUGCGGGGCCAGAUUCGUGCAGGUGGCCCACCUCCGCGCGCAUGUGCUCAUUCACACCGGAGAGAAGCCAUACCCCUGUGAAAUCUGCGGCACCCGCUUCCGGCACCUGCAGACCCUGAAGAGCCACCUGCGCAUCCACACAGGAGAGAAACCUUACCAUUGUGAGAAGUGUAACCUGCAUUUUCGUCACAAAAGCCAGCUGCGACUUCAUUUGCGCCAGAAGCACGGCGCCAUCACCAACACCAAGGUGCAGUACCGGGUGUCCGCCGCCGACCUGCCUCCGGAGCUCCCCAAAGCCUGCUGAAGCAUGGAGCGUUGACUCUUUUCCUUUCCAGCCCCUUCUCAGAAUCUACCCAAAGGAUGCUGUAACACUUUACAAAGGUCAUCCCAUGAUGUAGUGCCUCUCUCAUCCACUAGUGCAAAUCAUAGUUGGGGCGGGGGUGGGGGUGGGGUUUGCGGGAUGGGGAGCCAAGGCAGCUCCCCUUCCCACACUGCCAUAAAACAUUAAGAAAAUACUAUUGCUUCUUCUCCUAUGUGUAAGGCAAACCAUGUCAGCAAAAAUCAAAAUCAUUUUUCUAUAUCAAAGCAGGGGAGAAUGCAAAAGUUCUGACUUGACAGGUUGUAACAUGAGGAAUGUAAAUGUUCUGUGGGAACAGAGAUCUCUUUUGUAUGUAAAUGUGUAUUGUUUUAAAAGACAAGACUUCAGUAUGUUGUCAAAGAGAGGGCUUUAAUUUUUUUAACCAAAGGUGAAGGAAUAUAUGGCAGAGUUGUAAAUAUAUAAAUAUUAUAUAUAUAUAAUAUAAAUAUAUAAACCUAAAAAAGAUAUAUUGAAAAUAUAAAACUGCGUUAAAGGCUCGAUUUUGUAUCUGCAGGCAGACACGGAUCUGAGAAUCUUUAUUGAGAAAGAGCACUUAAGAGACUAUUUUAAGUAUUGCGUCUGUAUAAGUAAGAAAAUAUUUUGUCUAAAAUGCCUCAGUGUAUUUGUAUUUUUUUGCAAGUGAAGGUUUACAAUUUACAAAGUGUGUAUUAAAAACAAAAAGAACAAAAAAAAAGCUGCAGAAGGAGAAAUGUAUACUUUUGUUCUAGUUUUCAGUUUGUAUAUACCUGUAACGUGUUCACGGUGCCUUUUUUCACGGAAGUUUUCAAUGACGGACGAGUGUGCGCCAUCCCUUUCUGACGCGUAGGCAGACACGGGGACUUGAAGAAGUUGUCACUAACUAAACUCUCUUUGGGAAUGUCUGACUCCUCCCACAUUCUGCGUCAUGCUUGUUGUUUUAAAUUACUCCGGAGACAGGGUUUGGCUGUGUCUAAACUGCAUUAUUGCGUUGUAAAAUAUAGCUGUACAAAUAUAAGAAUAAAACAUUGAAAAGUCAA